UGGCGGCAGCAGCUGCUGGGUGAGCAGCCGGAGAUUGUGCUACCCUCCCGGCAGGAGGGCAGGAGAGGAGAGGAGAGAGCGCCCUCCUCCUCGGGCACCGCCGCUGCAUUGGUGGCCGUGUUUUUCCCUCUUUACCCCUCCACUCUUGAAGAGAGAAGAAGAUGCCACUGCCCAUUCGGAUUGAAACUCAAACGCACCCGGCGCUACACGGUGUCCAGCAAGAGCUGCCUGGUUGCCCGGAUCCAGCUACUCAAUAAUGAGUUUGUGGAGUUCACGCUGUCUGUGGAGAGCACAGGUCAGGAGAGCCUGGAGGCUGUGGCCCAAAGGCUGGAGCUGCGGGAGAUCACGUACUUCAGCCUCUGGUACUACAACAAGCAGAACCAGCGCCGGUGGGUGGAUUUGGAAAAGCCUCUGAAGAAGCAGCUGGACAAGUACGCCUUGGAGCCCACCGUCUCCUUCGGAGUGGUGUUCUAUGUGCCUUCCGUGUCCCAGCUGCAGCAGGAGGUCACCAGGUAUCAGUAUUAUCUGCAGCUGAAGAAAGAUAUCUUGGAAGGAAACAUUCCAUGUACAUUAGAACAAGCAAUUCAACUAGCAGGCUUGGCUGUUCAAGCUGAUUUUGGUGACUUUGAUCAAUAUGAAUCCCAGGACUUCCUUCAGAAAUUUGCCUUAUUUCCUGUGGGCUGGUUACAAGAUGAAAAGGUAUUGGAAGAAGCAACCCAAAAGGUGGCCUUACUGCAUCAGAAAUACAGAGGGCUCGCAGCUCCUGAGGCGGAAAUGCUGUACAUGCAGGAGGUGGAGAGGAUGGAAGGCUACGGAGAAGAGAGCUACCCUGCGAAGGCCAGGAGACCAGCCGACAUUUUCCCAUCGGGAGUCCUGUUCUGGGAGGCCAUCUUUUUGUGAAAACACAAAGAACGGAAAGGGCCUCCUGUGAUAUUUCGGUGGCACGAUAUUGCUAACAUGUCCCACAAUAAGUCGUUCUUUGCCUUAGAGCUGGCGAGUAAAGAGGAGACCAUCCAGUUUCAAACGGAAGACAUGGAAACAGCAAAAUACAUGUGGAGACUCUGUGUGGCGAGGCACAAAUUUUACAGACUAAACCAGUGCAGCCUGCAAACGCCGACCGUCACCGUGAACCUGAUCAGGAGGAGGUCUUCUUCCAGGAUGUCUCUGCCUAAGCCUCAGCCCUAUGCGAUGCCCGCCCCACCCCCGCUGCAUUACAAUGGACAUUACACAGAACCCUACACUUCUUCUCAAGAUAACCUCUUUGUGACCAACCAGAAUGGAUACUACUGUCACUCUCAGACCAGCCUGGAUCGAGCCCAGAUCGACCUCAACGGUCGCAUCCGCAACGGCAGUGUGUACAGCGCACACAGCACCAGCUCCUUGAACAACCCCCAGCCCUACCCGCAGCCCUCGCCCAUGUCCUCCAACCCCAGCAUCACCGGGAGCGAUGUCAUGAGGCCCGACUACGUCCCGUCUCACCGGCACAGCGCGCUGAUCCCCCCGUCCUACCGCCCGACCCCCGACUACGAGACGGUGAUGAAGCAGCUCAACCGGGGGAUGGCUCACGCUGAGCGGCAGAGCCACUCGCUGAGAAACCUCAACAUCGGCCACUCGUUCGCCUACAGCAGGCCCGACGCGCUGGUCUACAGCCAGCCCGAGAUCCGGGAGCACGCCCACUUCCCCUCUCCCCAGUCGGCCCACUACCCGUUCAGCCUGAACUACAGUUUCCACAGCCAGUCCCCGUACCCCUACCCCGCGGAGCGGCGGCCCGUGGUGGGCGCCGUCAGCGUGCCCGAGCUGACCAACGUGCAGCUCCAGGCCCAGGACUACCCGGCUCCCAACAUCAUGAGGACUCAGGUGUACCGCCCGCCCCCGCCGUACCCGUACCCGCACCCGCGGCCCGCCAACAGCACCCCGGACCUGUCCCGCCACCUCUACAUCAGCAGCAGCAACCCCGACCUCAUCACGCGGCGCGUCCACCACUCGGUCCAGACCUUCCAGGAGGACAGCCUGCCCGUGGCCCACUCCCUGCAGGAGGUCAGUGAGCCCCUCACCGCUGCGCGGCAUGCUCACCUGCAGAAGAGGAACAGCAUCGAGCUUGCGGGGCUGACGCACAGCUUCGACGGCAUGAGGCUCAAGGACAGGACCAUGUCAGCCUCAGCCGCAGACGUGGCCCCGCGGGCCAGCUUCGCAGGCUCCCAGCCAAAUGUCUUCCCAGACAGGACGAGACGGGGAGAGACGGCCGAGCAGGAAGGCCUGAGAUACGGUCACAGCAAGUCCCUUUCAGAGGCCACCAUGCUGAUACACAGCAGUGACGAGGAGGAGGAGGAGCCGGAGGAGGACAGCAGGGCACGGGCUGUGCUCUCCCCACGGGCACGUGAGCCCCGGGGCAGUUACUCCCAGGAGCCGCAGGCGGGCUGCUCCUGCGCCUCGGCCUCUGCAGGCGAGGGCCCUCUGCACAUCCACGAGCCCAAGGCCCAUGUCACCGAGGCUGAGAGGAGGGGGAGGGAGGGCAGCCCCGUGCACGUGCUGGCGGAGGCCCAGCGGCCCCGGAGGGACGGGCUGCUGACUCCCUCCAUGUCCGAGUCUGACCUCACCACGUCUGGGAGGUACCGGGCCAGGAGGGAUUCUCUGAAGAAGAGGCCGGUGUCCGACCUCCUCUCGGGCAAGAAGAAUAUCGUUGAAGGGCUUCCGCCGUUAGGGGGAAUGAAAAAGAGCCGAGUAGAUGCAAAAAAAAUGGGCCCUCUCAAGCUGGCUGCCCUGAAUGGACUGUCGCUGUCUCGCCUGCCUCUGCCCGACGAGGGGAAGGACGUGUCAGCCAGAGCCACCAAUGAUGAGAGGUGUAAAAUUCUGGAACAGCGGUUGGAACAGGGAAUGGUGUUCACAGAAUAUGAAAGAAUCCUUAAAAAACGGCUGGUCGAUGGGGAGUGCUCAACGGCACGACUCCCGGAAAAUGCCGAAAGAAACCGAUUCCAGGACGUGCUUCCCUAUGACGAUGCCAGAGUGGAGUUGGUCCCAACCAAAGAGAACAACACCGGGUACAUCAACGCAUCCCAUAUUAAGGUCUCUGUCAGUGGGAUGGAAUGGGACUAUAUUGCCACGCAGGGCCCGCUGCAGAACACCUGUCAGGACUUUUGGCAGAUGGUGUGGGAGCAGGGAAUCGCCAUUAUAGCGAUGGUGACAGCGGAAGAGGAGGGCGGAAGGGAGAAGAGCUUUAGGUACUGGCCACGCCUUGGUUCCCGGCACAACACUGUCACCUACGGAAGGUUCAAGAUCACCACCCGGUUCCGCACAGACUCUGGCUGCUACGCCACCACCGGCCUGAAGAUGAAGCACCUGCUCACGGGGCAGGAGAGGACGGUCUGGCACCUGCAGUACACGGACUGGCCGGAGCACGGCUGCCCCGAGGACCUCAAGGGGUUUCUGUCAUACCUUGAGGAGAUCCAGUCUGUCCGACGCCACACAAACAGCACGAGUGAACCCAAAGGCCCCAACCCCCCGCUGCUGGUCCACUGCAGCGCGGGGGUGGGGAGGACCGGCGUCGUCAUCUUGUCCGAGAUCAUGAUCGCCUGCCUGGAGCACAACGAGGUGCUCGACAUCCCACGGGUGCUGGACAAGCUGAGGCAGCAGAGAAUGAUGCUGGUGCAGACCCUGAUCCAGUACACGUUCGUGUACAGAGUUCUCAUCCAGUUCCUGAAAAGCUCCAGGCUCAUAUAAGCUCCCACGGCUGCCGAAGGGGACCCGCCCAUGUGAAGCGUUUACAGUCAGAACAGGGCCCGCCUGACUCACAUUCACCCCUCGACACUCGUCCGCGCAGAAGGCUCACUGGGAAGUAAGGGCGGCGUGGAUGCCGGCACUGAGGGAGCGUGAAGGCUGCGGGGGACUUCACCUGGGACGAGGCCAGAGAUGGAGGACUUGGUGUCCAGGGAGUGGCCCUGCCCGGUCUGUCCGAUUUGCAGCACUUGCACACAUGUUUGGAGACUGUGUUUUCUAGACAAUUCUGUAUUUUACUGAAGCUAUGCUGGGCAACUCUGGCAAUCAUUAACAGGCAUAGAUUUUUAUCUUAAACAAGUUUUUGCUAAUGGAAUUUUAUUUCAUGACUAAAAUAUUUGGGGGUUUUCUUGCUGAGAAACUGAACUUUUCCGUGGAGAUGAUCCACAAAUAUGAGUGGUUCCUUUGUAACUUUGUAUUUAAAACCAUGUUAUUAUCUUUUGAUAUUUUUUAAAAACCUUGGGUACUUAACAGUUUAGUUACCAAAUCCAAACUACAAGAAGGAUUUACAAGUGUUAUUUUGAAACAUGAAGAAAGCAUUAUUAUAUUCAGAAACAUUUUUUAUCCUAAAAAUUCAUAUAUUUUUUACCUUCUAUAUUUUCCAAAUCAGAGUUUGACUCAUUAAGGUACGGAAACGAAUCAGUUAAGGGAAAGCUGUGAAUGAAGGCACAUCAUUUUAAAAUGGAAGAGAGCAAUCAGAUUCACUGUGUUGUUUUUUUUUCUCAGUAUUAUUCAUAAACCUAAAUGAGUUUGAUUUUAUUGGUUGAAAAUGAAGUGAAAUUGUGCAGGUUGGCUUUAAGCACUUUUUCUUGGUUAAAAACAGUAAACCUGAGUUAGACUACGUGUGCCGCUUUACAGAUGAAACGCUAACACGAGCAGGGGAUGUUGUUCCGAAGGAGUUUUGGAAGAGGUCAGGAGUAAGAGUAUGUAGGUGCCUGGGACACGAGUACGUGUAGUGUCCGUGCAGGAUGGCAAAUGCAAGAUGCCUUUAUUUUUACAAAAACGCAGUAUUAUCUAUCCUCAGACUGAGGUGCUGGGAUGGAGAGGGGGAGCCUGGGAGUGUGGGGCUGACCCCCCAGAGAUGGGAAUCCCCAGGCAACUCCAGGCCUGUCAGUGUCAGAGAUCACUUGGGUUCCCUUGGAGUUCUUCCACCCCAACCUCUAUUCUUUUUUAACAAAUACAAUCAAGUUAAUAUUAUCAUGGAAAGGAGGCUUCAAGAAGCUUCCUUUUCUUUUGGUUGAAAGAAGAGUUAGUAAUAGUUUUACGUCAUCUCCCAAGACCACAGCCCAAACUUGUGGGGCUAGCAGAGGUCACUUGGUGUUCAAGAGGUACUUGAGAUUUAGCUUCCCUACCCCCUGACUUCACCCCUGAGGACAGUUUUAGCCUCUUAGUUACCCCUCCCCCACCGCAGUGGGCAGAACAAGGCUGACUAGGGGGAGAGUGUCCCCUUUGGCCCAGGCGAGGGUGGCCUGGUCACAGUGGGAGUUGAGUAGGUAAGGACUCAUUGGUACGUUCAGCCGAGGAGCCGUCCCUUUCUUCCUUCUUCUGAGGCUGCUUCUCCAAAAUACAGUUUCCAAAUUGUUCAACCUAGGGCUAUUUCCCCAAAAUUCAAUAUCCUAGGGGUGUUUCCAGUCCCUGUGUUAACUCCUAAAGCAGUUCAACUCACUAUUGUGACCACUGAGUAUGUAUUAUCAGCUGUGGGACAGGUUUCCUUCAUACAGCGUGGAUCUGCCUAACUGAGUGACCCAGAAAGCAACCAUGUACGAGGAAAAUUCCGAAGAUGUUAGUGGAAAGGAAUAUUGGAAGUGAACACAUUUGUCACGUAGGGACAAAAUAUUAAUUUUAAAUCUGACAUUGUUUUUGAGAGUCCUGUUUAAAGAGCAGUAGACCAGCCCUGACCGGUUUGGCUCAGUGGAUAGAGCAUCAGCCUGUGGACUCAAGGGUCCCAGGUUCGAUUCCAGUCAAGGGCAUGUACCUUGGUUGCGGGCACGUCCCCAGUGGGGAGUGUGCAGGAGGCAGCUGAUUGAUGUUUCUCAUCGAUGUUUCUAACUCUCUAUCCCUCUCCCUUCCUCUCUGUAAAAAAUCAAUAAAAUACAUUUAAAAAAAAAUAAAGAGCAGUAGACCUAAGGGUAAAUGUUCAGAAAGAGCUCUGCAGAAGAAUGGAUGAAACCUUUUUUUAUGGUGAUAUUUCCCCCUCCACACCAUGUAAAAGACAGGAGUGUUUCUGAUGAUGUUUUUUCUUCCAUGGUAGGUUUUUAAAAAAUGCUUUUCUGUCAGGUUGAAAUAUUUUAAAGUGUCUCACUGAUAAGAACAUAACGUAAGUCAAAAUCAGAAGAGUAAUAUAUGGUAUGUUUGUGUUCCUGUUGUCAUAAUUUGAGUAUAAGAAAGUAUGAGGGCCGAAUUGCAGUUUGAAUGUCACGCUUACGAUGUUGCAUGUUUGACAUAGCUUCUAAGACCAUGUAACCUUUUGUCCCUUUUGAAUUUUUAAAUUUUGUUAGUGAAUAUGAAAGUAUUUCUGAAUAAAAAUAAAUCUCAAUUAUAGACUCUGAUACAAUGUGAUUUUCAAGAGCGAACUCGAAAACAUUGAGGUUUCAUAGCUUACCCCUUCUGAUCUGAGGGUGUUAUUGUCUGCCAAAAUUAGGCACUGCUUCAGUAUCUUCGUGUCUUUUAGUGCCUUGAUAUUGUUAAUUUCAAAUCAAAAUUACCAAAAUGUACAUUUCUACAAAAGUAGGUUACAAAUGAGGGCUUCUCCGUGGUCCGUUUUGGCAUCUCUGGCAUCACUUUUCCUGGUUAGUUAGAAUAUCACUUGGAAUGUUCAUUGCAGUCAUUAUCAUUACUUUUUUCUGGAACAUCUACUGUGAAGCAUUUGGAAAGCCCUAGGAUUUUGCCUUUUAAACCUUUUGGCAGGAUUAAAACAGAAGCUAUACCUGUGCUUCCUUAGAAUCUUCCAGAAGAAGCAAGGUCUGGGCAGAAACACGGAAGACGGUGUCAGGUUGUAGGACGGAGUGACGACGGCAUGGCCAAGCUUUCAUCAUUGGGAGAAAAGUCAUUUCAAAUGGGUUCAUGUGUUAAUGUUUGUAAUUUUAAGAAAAUUUAAAUAUAUAUGUUAUAUAUAAAACUUUACACGUAUUAAAAUCUAAAGCUGGAGGUCAGCUGCAAUGUAAGCGCAGAUUUAAUGGAGAUUUGCAUGAACAGAUGGAAAUAAGACAGCAUUUACUGUAAAUCAUUUUAAAAAUCAGACUAGAAGGUGUUUUUCAAAAGGAACUCUGGUUAUAAAUUUAGGGGAUUUGCUUCCAUCAAGAUUUCAUGUGGAACAAGCUAAUACGAUCUCUUCCCAGUUUAAAGUUUAUUUUUAAAAAAUCCAAAUUGGAGGGGGCUCUUUUUUGAGCUGAGGAGUACAUUUCGAAAAUAGAGGAAAUGGUACAUUAAGAAUUUGCCUGGGAAAAUAAAUGUUUCUCAAAAGAACACGAGUUUUUCAAAUUCCUAGAGAUAAGGGUUCUAUUUACCCUUGUGUCUACAAUUGGCAAAAAAUGAGGAAAGAUCAGAAAGUCCGGUUAUUUAAAGUUGGUGUGUGUUUGGGGAGGGUGGGUGGAGAGAGAAUGUUAGAGAACUUGCGAAGUGGUCCUUGGAUUGUUAAGGUGGCGUCAUUUUCUGUACAUCACUACAGGCAGUUCCCAAAUAAAAAUUAUGCUCUCGAAGUUCCGA